GUUACAGUGGAGAGCAAGAGAGGAGACAAGUGAGUGGAGCUGUAUCCUCCUCCGAGGUCCCGACACUGUGAUCCUGCUGCAGCUUCUGUCUGUCACUGACUGACUGAUCCAACACAGAUGAUGUCAUCAGAGCACCUGGUCUGUGGUUGGCUGCAGCAGCUGCUCAUUGUGCUUUUAAAGCUUUGCCUCACUUUUGCUGGGCCUCUGCAACCGCUCAAUGGGACUGACUGCACAGCUAAGGGUCCUGCCUCCUACAUACUGGUCUUUACUGGUCACUGGAGCCCACAGGCCUUCCCAAAGCAGUAUCCCCUCUUCCGGCCCCCUGCGCAGUGGUCCAAAUUCAUAGCGGUGAGCCAUAAUCGCCAUUUUCGGCUUUGGGAGGAAGGAGCUCUAGCCAGUGUAGGGGUGCAGAACUUUGCUGAAAUUGGGGUGACAGUGGAGCUAAUGAAGGCAGCCAAAGAGGCAAGAAAGAGACGCACGGUUGGAGCCAUGUACCGAACAGCUGGUAUCCCUAAUGGCAUUGGGCACAGCUCCACUGAGUUGCUCAUGCAGCCCCGGAGCUCACUGCUGUCUCUGAUGGUGAAGAUGAUCCCCAGCCCUGACUGGUUUGUUGGUGUGGACAGUCUCAACCUUUGCGAGGGCAGCCAGUGGAAACAGGAAGUGACCAUUGACCUCCAGCCUUAUGACGCGGGGACAGAUAGUGGAUUCACUUUCUCCUCUCCCAACUUCCCUGCCAUCCCCCAAGAAAACAUCACAAAGAUCACAUCUCAGAUGCCGAACCACCCGGCCAACUCCUUCUACUACCCAAGACUAAAGGAGCUUCCACCAAUCGCCAGCAUAAAGCUCAUGCGCCAGAGCAGAUCACCUGACCGUCAAACCUCCAUGUCUAAUCAUAUUCUGCCAAACUCUAUCAAUCCUCAGUAUUUCUCAGAAACACCACUGGACUGUGAGGUGUCUCUCUGGUCAUCCUGGGGUUUGUGUCUGGGUCCCUGCUCUAAAGGUGGUGUUCGCCACCGCACACGCUACAUUCUCUUGCGGCCGGCCAACGCUGGUGUCCCCUGCCCUGAGCUGGAGGAACAGACUGAAUGCGUACCACACAGCUGUAUGAAACUCCAGUAGCCUGCUGAGCACACAAGCACAGAUACUGCCAGUAUUCAACACUGGGACUCAUGUUAUACUGCUGGAGUGAGAAAUGCUGCUGCAUCUUGAUUUUUUCAUCUUUGUCACAGCCAAAUUGUGGAAAAAUAAGACUUGGUGCAUUACCUGUGCAGCUCAUUAUUUUUAGUGUAUGCACUCCUCUGGGUGUAUCUUAAAGGCAGUAAAGGGGAAAUGAAGCAUAGCAUUUUGUUGGAGAAGUUUAGAUAACGCUUUACAUGUGUUGAGGUAAAAAGUGAUUUUUAAAUUGAGAGGAAGCAUUACAAAUUCCCUGAAUGAGAAUAAUAGCUCAUUAUCACCCACACAUGCAUUUAAACUGCACACCGAUCAUUGCACAUCAGAGUCACAAAUGCACACACACUCUUAAAUGUAGGCACACAAAAUUCCUUUCAAAUACUGCAUACUACAGGCAUGGAGGCAUUAGUUUACAUAAGUAACCUAUACACGCUUGGCACAUGCAGGUCUCUCAAAAUAACCUCACACCCCGAUUUAUAAAUAUCACCUUUCACAACUUAUGGCUGACUUGAAGCUUGGAGCCAGUCUACAGACGCUGGCCGAUUUUA